UUUUGGUUUUGGUUCCUCGCGAAAUCCUGGAAACUGUGCUGGUUAACGGUUAAAAUAUUGGUUAAAAAUGAAGAACAACUCAUCUGCUAGGUGCCGUCUUUGCCUGAGUACCGACCAAGAACAAUACAGCAUCAUCUACGAUCAACACGAGCCUGAGAGGCUCGCGGACAUCAUUUAUCUCUGCUUCGGCAUAAGGAUUGGAAGAAAUGAUGGAAUCACACAGGUCAUUUGUGACCCCUGCCGGAUGGAUGUUAUUCAUUUCUACGAUUUUCGAAAACGCUGCUUAGCCGCAGACACGGUUCUACGCAACGAGCGCGACGAGCUAGGUCUGAAAUCCUGUUCACCGCUAAACAACACUGGACCAGGAGAAGAUGCACUCGAUAUCAUUGAAUCGUCUGGAUGGGAGGAUCAUGAUCAUGUGGAAGGUACAACAAUUGAAGAGGCCCCAGCACCUGAGGUACAGGACGACUGUGUGGUACUUGAGGCUCCAGUUGCAGAGAAUUACCUGGAAACGGAUGAACUGAUCUGUGAAUUGCCGGACGAAGGAGACCCUAUCGUCGAAGGAAGAUUAGAGACGGACGAAACUCUGGAGGAAGUGGAAUUUUUAAUUGAAUCGGACGAGUUGCAAGCGCUAAACGACGAUGAGGACUCCAACAUAGUCACUGACGCGCAGUGUAACGCCCCAUCGGAAACGUUUGCCGAGGCUGAAUCUGAGCUGCAAACGCUAAACAGUGAUGACGAUUCCGACGAGCUGAGCGAUGCCCGCAGUAAUUCCCCAUUGGAACCUUAUGCCGAGGCAGCAUGCGAAGAUUUCCUGCGAUUUGUGUGCUGCGGUUGUAAUGCAACCGAAUUCAACAGCCAAGAGGAACUAGACGCACAUAGGAAUGAGAGGCAUCAAAGGUACCGCGUCCGGGACUGCACUAUUCGACCAUUCGAAUGUGACAAGUGCUUUAAGCGAUUUAUUAAAGAAAAGCAUCUCGCUCACCACCAGGAGCGCCCAUUCCGGAAGCGCAGAUUUGUGUGUGUUUCGUGCGGACUGGCUUAUUUCACGAAUACGGCCAUGUUGCGUCACGAGAAGCUGUGUCUGGGGAAGGAAAAGAAAACGCCGUGCACUCUGUGUGGAAAGCAGUUCCGGGGGCGGAUUUCGAUUUUGAACCACAUGAGAAUUCAUCAGCAGGACAAGGUAUACCCUUGCACGGUGUGUGGUAAAACGUUUAAGUCGAAAUGGGCAGUACCCAUUCAUAUGGUCACGCACUCGACCGAACAACCAUUCCGGUGCGAUAUCUGCCCGGCUAAGUUUAAGCGCGAGGCCUCAAUGAAAACCCACGAACGGCGUCACGCGAAUCCUUUGCCGCACAAGUGUGACUUUUGCGAUGAGUCUUUCAACAACAACGCGGCCCGCAAAUACCAUCGUCUGACCGUUCACGAGGGAUUGGAUCCGUACCGCUGCGAAGAAUGCGGCAUCAGCUACAAACGUAAGCUGAUGUUAAAACAUCAUAUGGAACGCGUGCAUGGGCACCAAGCGAGAUAAAAUACAAUUCAAUUUAAAAUAAAUUUGAACAGAUUAUACCAAUA